CUCCUCCACGGUAGCUGCUCCGCUCCGCUCCGCUCCUCUCUACACUACAGCAACGAGACCGGAGCAGGGCUGUGGGUGGUGGUGGUGGGGGGGGGCACAGACAGUCAGAGAGACAGGCAGUGUGCAGCAGGACGGGCUGUGGACUCUGUGAUGUGCAGUAAAUGGGGAUUAAACCGCUCAGACAGCAGCAGUAGUAGCUGGUGGAGAGAGUAGGGGGAGCUCCGCGCUGCGCCGCCGCCGCAUGUGCUCGCCCGUGUGCGCCUUGGAAAAAGAAAAAACUUGCGCCGAACCCGUCCGUCCGUCCCUGGGAGAAAAAACAAGCAAAAAAAGAAGAGGAAAACUAACAAUAGGCUGCAGCUGCAAACUAAAAAACCUUGAAGCUCCGGGACUCGCAGCCCCAAACCUCCCCUCUCACAUGCCUGCGUUGAUGUGGGAGAGAGGGAGGGGAGCGGAGCCGGGGGAUGUUUGAAUCACCUCUGUAAAACUUAGCAGAAAUAUAAGAGACAUUUAAAACAAAUUAUUUAAAAGAAGAAAGAAAGGUUUGUUUUUGUUUUUUUGUUUUGUUUUUUGGAGCGGAAUUGAAGUGGCUUUAUAACCGGGGAGUCAUGGAGAGCCAAGCGGGCGGAGAGCACCAGAGCUGCGAGGACGUGCGGAAGAGCGGCUACCUCCGCAAGCAGAAGUCCAUGCACCGGCGGUACUUCGUGCUCCGCGCCGCCUCGGAGCGCGGCCCGGCCCGCCUGGAGUACUACGAGAGCGAGAAGAAAUUCCGCGGCAAGGCCCCCGUCCCGAAGAAAGCCGUGGCUCUGGAGACGUGCUUCAACAUCAACAAGCGCGCCGACUCCAAGAACAAGCACAUGAUCGUGCUCUACACCCGGGCCGAGAGUUUCGCCAUCGCCGCGGACAACGAGGGGGACCAGGACGAGUGGUACCAGGCCAUGGUGGACCUGCAGUGCAAAAGUAAGAACCCCACUGACAGCGAGGCAGCAGGGGACUAUGGAGUUCCCACUCCUGGGCCUGCAUUCAAAGAGGUGUGGCAGGUGAAGGUGUGGCCCAAAGGCCUGGGUCAAGCCAAGAACUUGGUGGGCAUCUACCGCCUUUGUCUGACUGACAAGACGGUCAACUUUGUCAAGCUCAACUCUGAUGCUGCUGCUGUGGUGCUGCAGUUGAUGAAUGUCCGACGCUGCGGCCAUUCAGAAAACUUCUUCUUCGUCGAGGUGGGACGCUCUGCCGUGACAGGCCCGGGCGAGUUCUGGAUGCAGGUGGAUGAUUCAGUGGUGGCCCAGAACAUGCAUGAAACCUUGCUAGAGGCUAUGAAGGCACUGAGCGAGGAGUUCCGCCAACGCAGCAAGUCUCAGUCGAACUCCGGCCCCGGAGGAGGUGCUACUGCUUCUAACCCUAUCAGUGUUCCCUCACGGCGCCACCACCCAAACCCUCCACCCAGCCAGGUGGGCUUCACCCGUCGGCCCCGAACUGAGCCUCCGGGAGGAGCUAACGGUGGAGCAGGGGUCAGCAGUGCCAGUGCCUCUCCCACCCCACGCCAUAGCUUCCCCAGGUCUCGCACUGCCAGUGAUGGGGGGAAAUGUGAUGACGGGAUGUCUGGGACCACACCGCUCCAAGGGCCAAGCUCCAGCCCCUCUACCAAUGGGUCCUGCUCCACCACCCCAAUCCUUAGGUCGAAAUCAGCCCGUUCAGCCCCCACCUCAGCUGCUAAAACUCCUCUUGGGUUGAUGCGCUCCAUCUCGACCCCAGCGCCCUCCCCAGCCCCAAGCCUCUCCUCUAGCUCUGGACAUGGCUCUGAAUUUGGAGGCGUAACAUCCUCUGCCGGUGCUGGUCCGUCAGGUGCUUACAGUCGUGUCCCUUCCCAUCACGCAUCUGUUUCAGGCUCACCCAGUGACUAUGGCUCCUCAGAUGAAUAUGGUUCUAGUCCUGGGGAUCACACGCUCCUACCCUCCCCGAGCCUCCCUGGAAGCUCUGUUGGUAGUGUUGGCAGCCAGUCCCUUGGUGAGGAGGGAGCCAACUAUAUCUUAAUGGGCCAACGUAGUGGUGGCGGUAGCAGUAGUAAUCAAGGGAGCUUGACAAACAGCUCGCUGCCAGCACCAGGACCACCAGCCUGUGGGUCCCAGCCCCAGACCAGGAGAGUGCUCCGGCGCUCUUCCAGCCGUGAAUGUGAAGCUGAACGUAGGCUGCUGAGCAAGCGGGCUUCAUUACCUCCUAUGGCCUUGGAGAGGCUGGCCCCACGUCAGCGCAGAGCUGAGGAGCCAGCAGAUGAAGAUUCAGCUGAUUAUGCUAUCAUGUCGAGAAGCACCAGCCGAGAGUCCUUUACUUCCACCUCCUCUUCCACACAGAGGGAAUCUGUAAUGGGUUCUGGGUCAGCAGGGGGAGGGUACUUGGAUGUGGCGGGUGAGUUCAAAAGUGAAGGGGCUGGAGGAGCAAGUGGUAGUAUAGAUUUAGGUGUGGACAAUGGGUACAUGUCCAUGCUGCCUGGUGUCACUCAGCCUCCAGUAUCCCUGUCCCAAUCAUUGGCUGUCUCUGUCCCAGACACAGAUUCCAAACCUGCUGAUGAUUAUAUGGCCAUGACCCCUAACAACAGUGUGUCCCCUCCACAGCAGAUCAGGCCUCCACCAACAUCUGAUGGCUAUAUGAUAAUGUCUCCCAAUAGCAGCUGCUCCCCUGACCAGCGUGGUGGUCUCUCUGGAGGCGCUUGGGUGGACAGUGGUAGUGCAGACAGCAGGGCAGGCAGUGACUAUAUGAACAUGUCUCCAAUCAGUGCACGUUCUGUAAAUGGAAGCCCCCCACCUCCUGAGCACACUGGCCAUUUGGAGACCAGUUCUCAACAGCAAGCUCCCAAGAUGGUAUAUUCUUACUAUUCACUUCCCCGGUCAUACAAACACAACCCCUCUGCUGGACACUUUGAUGAUGGGCCUGGACGAGGCAGAAGGCCCAAUGGGAGUUGUAGUAGAGGAAUGGGUGGAGGCAGGACUAUGGGGGGGCGUCAGGAGCAACCAGCAGCAAGCAAUUCGAUGGUUGGACGACACCUCUCACUCUCCUCUUCCUCAUACUCCUCCAGCUCAGCCAGCAGCGAGAGCCUUGGAGAGAGCGAGGACCGACCUACUCAGUCGGUGAGCACCAUGGCAGGGGGAGCUCAAUCCAAAGAUGGGAGUAAGCUUCAGCAGAGACGGAGUUCAGGUGGAUUGUCCAAGCAGGGUAGCCACACUAGAAGCAGACCAGUGAGCCUGUUUGUUGAUGUAUCCAAGGCAAACACCCUUCCUAGAGUCCGUGAGAACCCCCUGCCCCCAGAACCUAAGAGCCCUGGAGAGUACGUAAGCAUUGAGUUUAAGGGGGAGAAGAGCAGUCAGACUGGGGUUGGAGGAGGGCGCGGCAGGGGUCUCAGGCAUGGCUUAUCGUUGCCUCAUGGCUCAAGCAGCAAGCAUCCUCAACACAGGCCCACGUCUUGCUUGGGUAACUUCAUCCCCCUAUCCCGUAGCCCCUCUGCCCCCAUCACUCCCCCAGCUGCUUCUGAGUAUGUCAACAUGGACCUCGGCCCUUCUCCGUCCCCCUCACCCCUUACUCCACUAGUUUUCCCCACUUUCCACACCCCUCCCACACCUCCAACUCUCGCUCAUGCCCCAAAAGCCUGUGAAGAGGGUACUACUGGACCUCGUGAAGAGGGGGCCGAAGUAGCAGAGGCCCCACUUAGGAAAAACAGAGAAAGUGUUCCAUCAGUGUCAGAGUCCCCAACAUCCUGUGGAGACUACACAGAGAUGGCCUUCAGCCUGAAUAGUAACACCGUCCCUAGGUCAUCCUCCAGUGUCUCCCCGAAAGCCCCUUCCCCCACCAUGACUGUUGCUACUGUUCCAGUGCUAUCACGGGGUCUAGACUUCCCCCUAGCCAAACCAGGACCCAACCCGGACCAUGGUGCAAAAGUUAUCCGGGCUGACCCCCAAGGACGCAGACGGCACUGCUCAGAAACCUUCCUUGCUUCACCUUCCCUCCCCACCUCUAACUCUACUUCCUCUUCUUCCACUGCCUCACUCUUUCCAGAACAUGCCCAAGCUGUGGCCCGCCGACUGGGCUUUGAAAGUAUGCUGUGGGGAAAUGGUGCUGUGACCGAUAACCCCACACAGUUUGCCCUCCCUGGACAGCAGUCCCUUCCCACAAACACUCAGACUUCGUCCACAGAGCAAGGCCUUAACUACAUAGACUUGGACUUGGCCAACAAAGAGAGCCCCCAUUUGGGCCUGGAUGGACCCUCAGGUAGCCAGGCCCCCUCUCGGCUCUUCUCUGUACUAGGUGGAGGUUCUGGGGUCGGGGGAGUGAGCGCACCGGUCGGCAGCAGCAGCAGCAGCAACUCCAGUCUCAAUACUUACGCCAGCAUCGACUUCUACAAAUCAGAGGAGCUGCGGACGCAUAAAAAUGGAAGCAAGGAGGGAACAGAGUGCUGAUGUCAGUGCGUCGUCCUUGGGGAAACAAUCUGGUACCACUCAGAGAGCUUCAAAGCUCCGCCUGUUUCUUUUGUGACAGCCAGUCACAUCGAGAGAACAGCUGGAUCGGACACGCCCCUGAAGCACUUUGACAGAUACUGAUGGCAAACUUUUCUCUUUUUUUGUUUUUUUCUUCGCUUUCAUCUUGUUGGUUGCAGAAACCAACGGGGAUGUGUGCCAAAUGACACUCUUGAAAAGCCAUUUGCUGCUCUCAUUCCUUGAGUGAAAGCCAAUCAGAGAAGGGUACAAAAAAAAUGGAGAUUCUGUGUUUUGUUUUUGUUUUUUCUGAGAAAAAAACAGUAAGAGUAUAAUGGUGGCUGACUAUUUAGUGUAUGAAAAAACAAAAAUAGAAUUAUAUAUCAGCUCAAAAAGUGCCUCACUUUCAGAUUGUAGCCAUUUUACAAAGAACUUCAACUUAGCCUCGACUCACUGAAGCUUUGGGUUUUUGGGGGUUUUUUUGUGCUUGAUUUGAUGUAGUUACAAAAAAAUGCAGCAUAAAGUGGGUAGCACUGGUGUGAGCUUUUGCUGCAUUCAUUUCAUAUGGGAUGAAAUCAGAUAUUCCAGUGUUUACAACAGUUUGAUGAUUACAGAUUUGGUCAUGUGGAGUUUAAAAAUACUGUGCAUGAUCAAUAAAACACUACAGCCAUGAAAUGUGGGUUUAUUCACCCCUGACGUGAGGCAUCCAUAGAGAUGGACACUAUCUGUAACUUGUUUUUGAAAUAAGUAUUUUAAUUAUUUUAAUUGGUAUUUGACAGGAAUUAAAACAUUCAAUUGGUAACAGAACACUUUGGAAUGGAGUACAUUUGUAUUUUAAAGAUACACAAACAAGACUAGAUCCAAAUCUAGCUCUAUGUAGCUAGUAUGAAAUGCUAGAGGGCUUUUAAUUUGAAAAGGGACUUUUUGAUCAUAAUACAAAUUGGAUGUUGAUAAGAAUAAUAAUAUUAGGUCAGAAACUGGAAAUCCCGAUAAAUCCGAUAUGACAUGAAUGCAGCAGCGUGGCUAACAUUGAUAAUGAUAAUGGUACUAGCACUCAGCUGGCCUUCCUGUCUACUGUGAGAAAUAUUAGCGUAGCUGCUCUUAGCAUUCUGCUCAUUAUAACUUGUGCUGCUUUUAUUCCGUCAAUCCUCUUUUUUUCUCUUUCUCUUCCUUUUUUCAACAGAGCCAUACACCUAAAGUAUUAAACAACACAGGCUUGAAACGAAAAAGCACUUGUAGCAGCGGGUAGCCAGCUAGUUAGCUAAAGCCAGCAAGGCCAGAUUAAGAUAUUAGCAUUGUGCCAGGAACGUAAAUUGACCAUCCUGCUGACUACAGCUCAAGGCAAGACCCCUGAUAUAGAGCCAAGCAAUCCCAUUAGUGCUAUUAGCUUCAGACACUUAUGUCCCACUUAAUCCCCUUCGUCUCAGGAUGCUAAACGACAUACGGUACAUACGGUACAUACAGUGGAGGAUAGAGACCCUAUCAAUAGCCAUGCUAAUGCUAGCUUUAGAGCGGUCAGCACACUGCUUUUAGCACCGGAAAGGGGGUCAGUUUUUAUUUCAAUGCUGUCAGUAUGAAAUAAGUUCUCAGUUAUUUUCUACGUUAAGGUACCAAACAUUUUAGAACGAUUUUACACUUUAAAUAUUUGUAACUUGUUGAAUUAAAAGUGCUUUGAACCUAAAUCCUUCUUUAAGACUUUCUCUUUCUAUCUCCUUCCCUUCCUCCUUUUGUCUUUCGCUUGGCUCUUACUUUAAUCUCCGCUAUGCAUCUUAAGUGCCUGUCUGUCCUUUUUAUCUGUCUGUCUCUCUGCCCCGUCUUAGCAGCUAGCACUAAUAGGGCUGUCAUAGCAGAAUAUAUCAAGUCUAUUUUUGUGUCUAUUUUUGUCUCUUUUUGGCUGUACAGUUCUCAUAAAAUAACUUGUUUAUGUUUGUUUGGUGUGAUAAUGAUCUAUCAGAUGACUUGACUGACAGCCAUGGCCCUAAUCGGAGGAGUUUUGGACUGUUUCUUUUUGCCGGUAAUGGAGGACUUAAUUGUCGCAGGGCCGUCAGUGCCAAAACACCACAACAACCACACAAAAAAAAGACUAAGCUCCGACAGCACCUCAAGAAGCAACCUUCAGUUCUCUCUGGACGUAUUGCUUUUGUUUUGUUUUAAAAAUGUAACCUUUUCUGUUCCCCCGUUGUUUUCUUUUGCAGCGGGGGGAAGAACUGUGACAUAUCUUCGCCUCGCAGUCUGUUUUUGUGACUCUUGGAGAUAAAGGUCAUUGUGAAGACUUGCGUAUGCUUUAACCUUGAAUUUGCCUACGACUUUGACCAGAAGAUUAAAAAGAAAUGCAUGAGGAGAAAGGAAAAAGGCCACCAACGGGAAAAAAAAACACACAACAACAAAUACCUAAUGUCUAAAUACAUGUGCAUCUAUGUAGCUCCAAAUUGUACUCAUGUGUUUGUCUGCCUGCAAUGGGAAGUUCAUGAACUUUCUCCUUUCUGGUCACAUGACUGUCGGGGGGCCUCGAGCAUAACAAUGCAGCUUUAUUAUGAGCAGAUUGGGAUCUGUGGUUGGAAUUGCCUCUAAUAGCGGUUGUUAAUGCAGACGUGGAGAAAAACAACAACAAUUGGACUUUAAACCAGAUUCGGUGCAUAAAUCCACACUUUCAUGCAGACUCGCAGGCAAACACAUGAUGAUUAUUUGAAAUGUUUCUAAUGUCUUUUGGAGAUGUUCUCGUAUUGAAACUCAGCAGUUUUCAGCAACAAACAUAAACGCUUUGAAGGUACUUGUAGCUUAGAAAGAAAGAAAGAAAGAGCGCACAACAAACAGACUUGCUUUCAGUCCUGACGAGCAACCAUUAUCAUCCCGCCAUUUAGAGCCCCGUUUGAGCUCUGAGCAUCUUCUGAAUGAGUGUAUUUUUUGUGUCGAAGUGCUCAAUGGUCAUGGCCACAUGGAUAAAAGUUCAUUGGGGAAAGCUCAGACAAACGUAGGUUGGAAGAGUGGCUGUAUGAUUUCAUUCACUGCAUUCUUAGGGAAUUAAGCAAUGUUCAUAAAAUGUGCAGGAAAGUGCUGCUGCUGUUCUAAAUUGUUUUAUCUCUUCCUCCUGUUCCCCCGAGGGAUGGUACUGAAUGGGUAUAUUGUGAGAUUUGCCAUUGAUGUAGACAGUUUUACUUCUGUUGCUUGAGAAAAAAAAAUCUGACUAAAAGGAAAAAAAAAAGUCAAACAAGAAAA